GGGCCGCGGAUGGGCUCUGGCGGCGCCAUGGCGGCCGCGGCUCGUAGCUCGGAUAUGUUUGAUGAUAUCGUGAUGGCCGAGGAGAGGUUUCAUGGUGAGGGCUAUCAGGAGGGGUAUACUGAAGGCAGUCAUGCUGGGGUUGUUGAGGGGAGGAGAUAUGGAUCGCUCCAUGGUGCCAAGGUGGGAUCUGAGAUUGGCUGCUACCUUGGGUUUGCACUGACAUGGCAGUGUCUGCUCCAGAAAUGCACAGAUGAAAAGAACAGCAAAAAGGUAAAGGCUCUGGAUUCAUUAAUAGGCAUGAUUCAGAAAUUCCCAUAUGGAGACCCCACCUAUGAGAAGCUACAGGAAGAUAUGGAAAAAAUCAGAGGAAAGUUUAAACAGGUUUGUUCAGUGCUAAAUGUUCAGUCUGGUUUUAGAAUGGGUACUGAAAGAUCUUCACUAACGUUUUGAACAUGGUAACAGAUGAAGAUAAACAUGGAUGGCCAAAGAAGAAACAUUAAGAGAACAGCUAACUGGAAAAGUGUUUCUCUGCUCUUACGUUAAAUUAGUGAAGAGGUGCUGAUUAUUAAAGGGAAAACAGCUGAGCCUGCCAUAGUGCUUCACAUGGCAUUUAACAGUUCUUAUCUCCAGGUUUUGUUUGGGUGUGCUGAAACCUAUAAAAUAGAAAUACUUUAAUUCUUCACUAGUCCUGCACUGAAAGAUUAAUUCCUCAAAAGGAAAAGAUAAGCAAAGUGUCCUUAUUUAAAGGGUAUAUGUUACUUAAAGAUCUGUGUAUGCAGAUGAUUCAGUUUACACAAUGUGUAGGUAUUGUAGUGAAGUGGAAACAGGAUCAGUUGCCUGCAGGCUUUGCAGCAGGAAGCAGUUUUGUGCAGAAAGGGUGGAAUGGCAAAGGGAGUCAGAAUGCAGAGGAGAAAGAUUAAGGUAUCUGCUCGAGGUAGCUGCAGCUUAGAACAUUGAAUUUGCACUUCCCUCAAGCUGUGCAGACUGGUUCAGUGCGGGGGGAAAAACCACUUCCCAAACUUCCCAAAAGGUAGCAGUUUAAGUGACCAGUGAGAGAAACACAGCUACCAGAAAACUUGAUACUGACACUGGUAUUUGCAGGUAGUUUUCAUCAAGGAAUAGCUUUUUCUUUCCCAGUCUUGAAAAUACACUCUUCAGUCUCAGUCAGCCAAGUGUGUUCAGCUGUGUUACAUUAAGGGAAAGGCAGUCACUUUGCCUGGCAAAUGGUUGGGCUGCAAGCUGUGUUUGCUUUCCAUCGGCAAUACAGUUCUGUAGUGAGCAUAUCCUGCAUCAGCUGUAACCUCUCUGUCUAGCCAAGGCUGCGUGGCAUGGGCUGGCUUCACAAAGACAGGUUUGACCACUGUGGGUGUUGGAAGCUGUACACAGGGUAAACUAUCUCAGGUGAAGGAUGGUUCUCAACAUGGCCUAUCUUUGGACAGCACUCCUUCAUGCCACCUAGACUGUGUAUCAGUUGAGUUCUAAGCAAUCUGUUCCUUUUUGGCUGUGUCUGGUGUAUGUAGGCGUGCCAGUGCCAAAGGCUUUUCCUACUACCUGGCUGCUGGUGGGCUCUUUUGUUUAAUUGGCUUACAAGUGUAAGAGAUCAAACAGCUUUCAUACACAUAGUGUGUGCCAGGGCCUUCUAGAGGAGGCCAUUGUGUAAGAAUCAUAGAAUGGUUGGGGUUGGAAGGGACCUCCAAAGGUCAUCCAGUCCAACCCCACUGCAAUCAGCAGGGACAUCCUCCACUAGAUCAGGUUGCUCAGAGCCUUGUCCGGCCUCACCUUGAAGAUCUCCAGGGAUGGGACCUCAGCUACCUCCCUGGUCAACCUGUUGCAGUGUUCCAGCACCCUCAUAGUGCAGAACUUGUUUCUAACAUCCAAUCUAUAUCUCUGCUCUCACCAUUUUCCCUCAUCCUGUCACUGCAGCCCUUUGCAAACAGUCCCUCUGCAGCCUUCCUGUAGCCCCCUUUAGGUACUGGAAGGCUGCUCUUAGGUCUCCCUGGAGCCUUCUUUUGUCUAGGCUGAACAAUCCCAGCUCCCUCAGCCUGUCCUUGUAGCCGAGGUGCUCCAGCCCCCUGAUCAUCUUUGUGGCCCUCCUCUGGCCCUGCUCCAUCAGGUCUAUGUCCUUGCUGUAUUGAGAGCUCCAGAGCUGGAUGCUACUCCAGGUGAGGUUUCAGCAGAGCAGGGGGGCAGGAUCACCUCUCUCCGUCUGCUGCCCUCACUGCUUUUGAUGCAGCCCAGGCUGCCAGUGGCCUUCUGGGCUGCAAGAGCGUACUGCUGGCUCAUGUCCAGCUUCUCAUCCACCAGCACCCCUAAGUCCUUUUCUGCAGGGCUGCUUUCUAUCACCUCAUCCCCAGCCUGGAGUUCACAAAUCAUCAUAUGGCUAGAAAUUGUCCAGCACAUACCUACACCAGACACAGCUCCGUCAAUUAUGUGGUGAAUUUCUGUUAAGGAAAGUAAUGCUGAGGUGGGAUUCAUUCCUGACUUGUUCCCUCAUCUGAGACCUUGGAAAGGACAUGAGAGCAUUGAGGGCUUCUUCAUUGACGGCAGCUUGACUGCAGCUGGCUUUUAAUUGUUGUGCAGCUAAACCACGGGAAACCAGAACAAGCACCAGGCUGCAAGUGCCUGAAAAUAGAAGCAAAAUAAAGUGGCAUGCCCUGUAAUCUCAGCAAAUGGAUGGGCACAAGGCAAAAAGAUCACAUGCUAGAGAAAAGAAAGCUCAUUGGACUUUAUAAUCACUUCAGAGAAAUCCAUGUUUGGGGAAAGUGGUUUCUGUCUCCACAAACCCAGUUGGGUUUUGCAAGUUGAAGUAUUUCCCCCUUCAGCUGGGUGAAAGGAAUUAGGGGUUCAGCUGUGAUUGACUCAAAGUAUUUAUUUAUUUGUUGUUGUAAUCCAUAAAUCAUGCUUUAAAUAAACCCUCCUUGAACCUUGGUCUCAAAAAGGCAGUUUUAUUGUUCUUCUGAGUGAUAGCACAAAGAGGUCUGAGUGUUCAUGUCUUACAGUGGAGCCUGGUUCCAGCUCUUUGUGCAUGCCUUAGAAAAAUGUCAGCAGAAGCAAGAGAAGGGAUCCAGGAGCUCAAAGUGAAGCAUUUGAUUAAGACAAGUGUGUGACUCCUGCUUCAUGUGCAAAGUGAUUGUGUCAAACCCAGCAUUUUUGUUCAAGGAGAGAAAAGGAUCUUUGCAGAUGGGGUGGCCUGUGAGUGUUCUUCUGGAGGCUGGUUUGGCUGAUUCUCUUGCAUUGCUUUCACUUGGUCUAUAGCAAUAUUAGUGGAAUAAAUUCUUACCAAAAUCUAUGUGUCUAUAUUUAACUGUAAAGAUUGUAGCAGCUGGCGUUUCAGCCUGGGAUGUGCCAGGUGUGGGCUUGUCUCUUGGGUCUUUGUUUUAGCUCCAUAAGUGGACUAGUUUGGUGUGUUAAUCCAUGUGUCUGUAUUUCUUCUGCUUCAUGUCUUGCAUGGGUCUGGUGAUGUUUAUUAAAUAAG